AUGCAAAUCCUCGCUGUGCUUCUCUUCACCUCGCUUGCCAUGGCUGCCCCGGCUGCCACCUCGGGAGGGAUCAAGCCCAGUGACGCUCCAUGCAAGCCGGACAAGCCCAUCAAUCAGGAAGCUGACGUUGACGGCAACCCCAACGAGGCUCUUGUUGUCGGAAACGAAGUGGACCCGGACGAAGAAGAAUAUGAACCCCUCGACUUCGAGCCUCAUACUCCCACCCGCCCACUCGGGUUCACUCCCCCUCCGGUGCAACACAGCCCUGAGGAGGCUCCUGUUGGCACUUACGGACAGGACGACGAGGAUGAGGAAGAGAUUGAACCCGCACCCCUCGACUUCACGGCUCAUGUUCCCACCCGCCCAUUCGCGUUCCCUCUCCCUCCGGUGGAUCGCACCGCUGAGCUAGCUGGCAGUGCUUAG